AGUGCUAGGCGGCGGAAAAGCUGGAGUGGCUGUGUCUGCAGAUCAGGGGCAUCUGCCCACCAGCAGUUUAGCUCGAAUGUUUGUAGUUAUCCUCAGUGGUUCUAAUCGGAGCUUCGUGGCCCGGCGGAAAUUUGUUCCCUUUAUUUCACCGACUGGCUUGCCAACUAGCUGCAAGGGCAUCAGGCCGGAACCAUAGUGCUGGGUACUAAGAGGCGGAGGGAGGUGAGCGCUAAUCUCCAGACACCGCCCUCUCGAGCGAUUGGCCGGAGGGAGGCUGCUGCAGCCAAUGGUCGCUUCGCUAGGACUGCUGCCUUUCAAAUUUGUUCUGGCGCUGAGUACCCUGGGCUCCGGGUGCCACUCUGCGCUCCGUGAGGACGUUUCCAGAAGGUGGUCUGCGCAGGUAACCUGCGGUGACUGAGAUCAAGGUCACCGCUCCGUGAGUUGGAAGUGGACGUGGACGUGGACUGGGCUGCGUGCUUCAGAGCUGUGGUCGCAGGAGAAACCAAGAUCUGAAUUUAGAGAUACAGCAGCUGCAAUCCUGGGCAAAUCUGCAAGUCUCCUGGGGUCAGGCUCCGGACCCCAGGCAUGGCGGAGGAGCGGCUGGGGUCCUGGUUUGGCUUCGGAUUCUGCGGCUUUGGGCAGGAGCCAGGAUCAGGGUGCAGGCACCAGGUGCUCAGCCCUGAGCCUCUGCAGGCGGGUGGGGACAUCCGCCAUGUGAGCGCCAGCUGGAGCUACACAACCCUGGUGACCCGCGGAGGCCGCGUGGAGCUGUCGGGUUCCACAAGCGGCUCCGCUGGCGGCUGCAGGGACGCGUGGGCCUCCGAGGGGCUCCUCGUGCUGCUGCGUGACAGCCCAGGAUCGCAAACAGAGCUGCAGGCCUGGGCACCCAGCUCGGCGCUGUGUGGGGAGCCGCUCUGGGCCCAGGAUCCAGAGGCGGAUGGAGCUGAGCUGGGCGCAGAGGCCCAGAUGGUGAUGUUGCCCCUGCUGCCGGGCGCCCGCGCUUACGUGAGUCCGCGGCCGCCCUACCGCCGCAGCCUGGCCCCGGAGCUGCGUGCGCGUCAGCUGGAGCUGGGUGCGGAGCACGUGCUGUUGCUGGACGCAGCCGGCCAGGUCUUCUCCUGGGGUGGGGGCAGACAUGGACAGCUGGGCCAUGGGACACUGGAGGCAGAACUGGAGCCAAGGCUGCUGGAGGCACUGCAGGGCCUGCCCAUGGCCCAGGUGGCAGCGGGGGGCUGGCACUCGGUGUGUGUGAGCGAGACCAGGGACCUUUAUAUCUGGGGCUGGAAUGAAUCAGGGCAGCUGGCCUUGCCCACAAGGAGCCUGGCAGAAGACAAGAGGACAGUCACAGGGGAAGGCCUGAACCAAGAUGGCUCUGAAGUAGAGAGAGCGGCCAGGGCUGAGGGUGGAGCCUCUGCCCCCUUCAUAGCUGUCCAGCCCUUCCCUGCGCUGCUGGACCUUCCCCUGGGUUCGGAGGCAGUUGGGGCCAGCUGUGGAUCCAGGCACACAGCUGUGGUGACACGAACAGGAGAGCUCUACACCUGGGGCUGGGGUAAAUAUGGACAGCUUGGCCACCAGGACAGCACCAGCUUGGACCGGCCCUGCCGUGUGGAAUACUUUGUAGAGAAACAACUCCAAGUCAAAACUGUUACCUGUGGGCCCUGGAACACGUAUGUGUAUGCUGUGGAGAACAGGAACGGCUAAUGUAUGGUUACAUGUCUGUUUCAAGUUAUAAAAACAGAAAAGUACAUACAACAACUUUACAGUGUAUUGAAAAUGACAAGGCUAACACUUGUCAUUUACCUGCUCUAGUAAGAGAAACCCAAGGUCGUGCCUGCCCCUGCUUAUUGCAGCCUGGCCUUUCUCCACCACUAUACAGUGGGAAACUGAGAGCGCUGUCCCCAGGCUGGGCCUCAGGGGAUGUCACCCAGAUGAUUGUGAUAUAUGGCAGACUGGGGACCGCUAGAGGUCAUUUAUUGCCAUUUAUGUCCUUGUUUAAUUCAGAACUUUACCACCUUAGAUGCAUCCUUAUACAAUAAAUCCCCAAUUUAUGAACAGGUUCUAUUCUGGGAGAAUGUUCAUAAGUCAGAUUUAAUUCUGAGUCUGACAAAGUGAGUAUUAUACAGUGCACCUAUGAAAGUUCGCAACUCAAAUGUUUAUAAAUUGGGGACUUUCUGUGUAAUAGUUUGUCUGCUUCUGAACAUCAGGUAAUCAUUGUGAAUGUUACUUUUUCAAUAUAAUAUCAAAUGAUAAUUUUAAUAUAGUAUUAAAUAAUAAAAGGUCUUGCUACGCAGCUCAGACUCA